AUGGCUUCCGUGGCAGCAGUAGAACCGGCGCCUACGUCAGAUGGCCUCGAUGCUAUUCCUCCCACCGAGAGUGAACCGCUACUUGGAGGCCCAGGCGACGCUAUUCAGAAGCCCAACGCACCAAUGAUUAACAAUCUCUGGCUCGGAACCGGCUGGAUUGCCCAGAUCGGCAACGUGCUGCUGCUGGUGGUGAUCUGGGCGGGCGUGUUCACGCACCCGACCAUGAAGCUGGUGUCGCCGCACCCGCUGCUGCAGUCGCUGGGCGUGUUCACGCUUUCGCAGGCGAUCCUGCUCCUCCAACCAACGGACCAGCCCGAAACAAAACUUCUGGGCCAGCGCGGCCACGCCGUGCUGCAGCUGCUGUCGUUCCUGCUGUUCGCGGCCGGCAUCAGCGUCAUCGAGACCAACAAGGUCGUCAGCCACGGCGCGCACCUGCACAGCGCGCACGGCUGGCUGGGCGCCGUCACGGCCGCGCUGCUGCUGGCCCAGUACGUCUUCGGCCUGCUCAUGUGGGCGUUCCCGGCGGUCCUCGGCGGCGUCGACGCCGCCAAGGCCCUGUGGAAAUACCACCGCUACACGGGCUACACGCUCUUCCUGCUCGUGCUCGCCACCGUCGCCGCCGCCGCCGCCACCCCCUACAACGAGGGCAUCCUCAAGAUCAAGCUGUGGUCCAUCCUCCUAGCUGUCGCCCUCAUCCUCGUCGGCACCUUCCCGAGGAUCCAGCUCAAGAAGCUCGGCAUCCAGCGCCAUCAUACCCAAUAG